AUGCAUUGUGGAAUCAAUGCACUUUGUAUUGCGUUUGAUUUUUGUUUUCUUAAUGGUUCCCACACUUGUCGGUUGCGCUCUGGACACACAGUACCUUCAAACACCGCUACACAAUGUGGACUUUACGAAAUGACAGCUAAGAAAGAUUGUUCGGGUGGAAUCUUCAUAACAUCUCAAAGAAUAUGCAAGAAAAUUUUGUCGGACUUUGCAUUGCGUAAACCUACCAAACAGUCGUCAACCUUUGCAAUUCAUACAGCUGAGUAUGCUGUAGAUGGUAACUAUGGCACAGACCUUAUGAUCGACCAAUGUACAUCCACAGAUACAAACGACAUAAACCCCUGGUGGAUGGUAGAUCUGCAAACUGUGUGUUACAUUACAUCUGUCAGAAUAGUCAACAGAGGACCGGAUAGCACCGGAAUAGAUUCAUCACACCGGCUGCGGGAUGUUACUGUCACUGUAGGGCUGACAGAAUCAACUGUCAACAUUGUCUGUGGUUUCUUUGCUGGCCCCGGUACUCUGUCACAGGUGGUCAUCAUCGACUGUCCGACAAUACCAGAGGGGAGAUUUGUAAAGAUCUCCAAAACAACCGAGUAUCUCACUCUUUGUGAAGUUGACGUCUUUGGAGUCGCUGUAUAA